AUGCCGCCGAAGAAAGCACCUGCUGCCGGCAAAAAGACCGAGCAAAAGAAAAAAGAAAAAGUUAUCGAGGAUAAAACAUUUGGUUUGAAAAAUAAGAAAGGUGCUAAACAACAAAAGUUUAUUCAGCAAGUUGAAAAGCAAGUAAAAAGUGGUGGUAUCCACCCUGCUAAGCCUAUGGAAGAUAAAAAGAAGGAGAAAGAACAAAAAAUGAAAGAACAGAAGGAGCUUGCUAUGUUGUUCAAACCUGUUCAAACACAGAAAGUAGAGAAAGGUACUGAUCCUAAAUCAGUUGUUUGUGCAUUCUUCAAGCAAGGUCAAUGUUUUAAAGGUGAUAGAUGUAAAUUUUCACAUGACUUGACCAUAGAAAGAAAGGCGGAAAAACGUUCUCUUUACGUGGAUAUGCGUGAUGAUGAUGAUAACAUGGAUAAUUGGGAUGAGGACAAGCUAAAGGAAGUGGUAGAAAAGAAACACGGAGAAGGGAACAAGCAGAGGCCUAGUACAGAUAUUAUAUGUAAACAUUUCUUAGAAGCUGUUGAAAAAUCGAAAUAUGGAUGGUUUUGGGAAUGUCCCUCUGGAACGAAGUGCAUAUACAGACAUGCUUUGCCUCCAGGCUUCGUUCUCAAGCGUGACAAGAAGAAGUUAGAAGAAAAGAAGAAUGAAAUCUCUCUUGUUGACCUGAUUGAACGAGAACGGGCAGCUUUAGGUUCCAAUCAGACAAAAAUUACACUGGAAACCUUCCUUGCUUGGAAGAAGAAGAAAAUUAAGGACAAGCAGGAUGCCAUGACAAAGGCAGAGGAACAGCGUCGAAGCGACUUCAAGGCCGGUCGUGCUGUUGGAUUGUCCGGCCGAGAGAUGUUCUCCUUCGACCCGGCUUUGGCCGCAGACGCCGACGAGGAUGGCGAUGAAGCUGUUGAUUUGGGCACAUACGACGAGGAAGAAGGGGAUACCACAGAGUACCGGGAGGUUCAGUUUGAUCUGAUCGGAAUGGAGGCCUCAGAGGCGGAUGAUUCAGGAACAAAAGCCACAGAAGACAGAUUGCAGCAGCUUAGUAAGGGAUUGCAGAAUGGAGAGGAGGACUCCAAACGUGAUGCUGCUGAAGCAGAUUCCACAGAAGAUAGUGCAACGGCAGUGCCAAUUAAUGAAAACCUUUUCCUUGAUGAGGACUUGGAUGAAGAGCUCCAAAACUUGGAUUUAGAAGAUUAG